AAUCCUCCACGCUCUCGCUCUGCUCUGCAGCAGUGUGUAGUGGUCUGAUGUCUGUCGUUGCUGCAAAUAAAACAGAAGUCCGUGGACUCAGAGGGCACAAUUAGAUAGACUCCUCUUUGAGUUUUAUACUCGGAGCUGACAUGGCAAAAGGGAAGAAAACUGUGCCAAGAACCGAGAAAAAGCCCGAGGACACUGUUGAAAAUAAAGUCACUUCACGGACGGAGACAAAGGAAAACAAACCUGCAACUAAUAAGGAUAGUGUAGGUACAGUGUCGUCAAUUUUUCAGAGUCUGCGGAGUCCAACCAAACCUAGAUCCCCUCUGAGCGACACUUCAAGCAUGCUGAUCCAGGAAGGAAAUGAAUCGGAUGCAACUACUGACAAGACAAAGUUAAAAAAAGACACGCCGAACGAAAUCAAAUCUAAGAGUUGUGAUCCUAAAGAGCCCCAGCCUGAAAUCGCUUGCCCCAGUCAUGGGAUCAAACAACAAGGCACUGACCAGCUCGAGCAAAAAGAGUCCAGCACGCACACAAAUGCAAGGACUGCAGCAGACAUCAAAGUUUCAACCUCCAAACCUCGGAGUAGAGCUGGCCGAAAACUCGGAGCAAAAAAGAAUGAAAAUAAAGCUCCCCAAAACAGAAAGGUUACAGACUAUUUCCCCAUCAGACGGAGUAACAGAAAAACUAAAGCAGAGCUAAAGAGUGAAGAACACAUUGAUGACCUGAUAAAGAAUGAUGUUGAAGAAGGACUGCAGAUCAAACACAUAGAAGGAAAAGGAAGAGGGAUAUUUGCUGUCAAGGACUUCAAAAGGGGAGAGUUUGUUGUGGAGUACCAUGGAGACCUCCUGGAAUUGCAUGAAGCCAAACUAAGAGAGGCCCAGUAUGCUCAGGAUCCCCAAAAAGGCUGUUACAUGUACUAUUUCCAGUAUCAAUGCAAAACAUACUGUGUGGACGCUACAGAGGAAACAGGCCGUCUUGGCAGACUUAUCAACCACAGUAAAAGUGGAAACUGCCAGACGAGGCUUCACCCCAUUGAUGACACCCCUCAUCUGAUCCUGGUGGCCUCCAGAGACGUCGAAGCAGGGGAAGAGCUGCUGUAUGACUACGGUGAUCGCAGUAAAGCCUCUGUCUCAGCUCACCCUUGGCUCAAAUACUGAUUGCUCGACAGCGAGUGUUAAAAUAUUUCAGAUGAAUUGGUACACUCAGCUCCAUGUAAAAGAUGCUAUAGAUGAGCAGUCCUCAACUUUUCUUUUUUAUGAAGUGUAAAAAAAAAUGUUUUUGUUUUAAAUGAGGGCUAGUGCAUCAACUCAUGAGUGUAUUUUUGCAACAAUUUUUAUCAUGCUUUUAUAUAUUUCUUUUAUCUAACUGUAGCAGACUGAUGCAAGCUUGAAGGGCAUUUCUACUGGAUACGUGGUGUUUCACAUAGUCCAUUAGGUUUCCUUUUGUAAUAAAUAGAAUUGACAAUUCAGUUUCACUAUUGUAAAUUAUUAGCUGUGCUGUAAAUUAAGGAAUAAAACACUGUUGAGUUUA